UGUCUUUGCUCAGCAUUCACGCUUGAAGAAAAAUUGAUAACCACGAUGGUGCAGUGGUCAGAUUCCGAGCGCAAAACUAUUGCGAGUGUCUGGGACAAAAUCAACAUCGAUGAAAUCGGACCCCAGACCCUGGCAAGGGUGCUGGUUGUAUAUCCCUGGACUCAGAGGUAUUUCGGCGCAUUUGGAGAUCUAUCCUGUGCAUCUGCAAUCAUGGGCAACCCCAAGGUUUCAGAACACGGCAAAACUGUGCUCAAAGCGUUGGAGAAAGCUGUCAAGAACGUGGAUAACAUCAAAACCACUUACGCCCAACUCAGUCAGCUGCACUGCGAGAAACUCAACGUCGAUCCAGACAACUUCAAGCUUUUGGCGGACUGCCUGAGUAUUGUCAUCGCGACUAAUUUUGGACCCGCUUUCAACCCCGCCGUCCAGUCAACCUGGCAGCAGAAACUUUUGUCUGUAGUUGUGGCUGCUCUCACAAGCCGCUACUUCUGAAGUCCUGUGCUCGACAUCUGGGUCUCAAUUCAAUGAUUCAAUGCUUUAAUCAGUAGAAAUAGACAAAUAAAGCAAUCAAUCAA